AUGACCCAUGAGUUCUUACAGCCGUUUUACCAGGCCACCCUGGAACAGCAGAUGGAAUGGGCAUCAAUCGAUCAGGUGCUGGAGAAUAUGGAUAUUCUUUUCAAGCAGUUUGAGGAUGCCAAGGUCAAAUACGUGGACAACGCGCACAUGGUUAAUUCCGUGCAUAUGGGCUGGUGGGUUCUCUCGAAGUAUUACGAGGAGAGCGACAAGAAUCCCAUAAAUGCCACGGCAUUAUUGCUCCACCCAGAAAAACGCCGCUUGAAUGGUGGUGCCGAGAAGAACAAAGGAUGGAGUACCCACGCUUGCUUGGGCCGAGGAAUGGCAGCAGACGGCCAUUGA